UCGAAGAAUUGUUCACAAAAUUUGAUUCCUUCGUCAGCUGUGAGAUGAAGAGCGCAGGAUAUGGAUUUGUGAAGUUUGAGAAAUCGUCUGAUGCCGAAGAUGCCAUAUCGCAGUACGAUGGGUAUGAGCUUGAGGGCAAUAAGCUCAGGGUCCAACAUGGGAGGUCACAAGCAGGUCGAAGAGGCGACGAUCGCGGAGGAUAUGAUGGUGGCCAAGGCUCUCGAGGUCCUCGCCCAACUGGCCAAAAUCGGGUCUACGUUGACGGCAUCGAUGAAAAGACGAGCUGGCAAGAUCUCAAAGAUUUUGCAAGGAAAGCCGGCAACCCGGCCUAUACGGACACGGUCAUGGAUUCGAAGGGCAAGUACGGAGUCAUUGAAUACAGGACUGCAGAAGAUUGCUACAGUGCAUGUCGCAUGCUUGACGGAACCAUGAUCGGCAGCUGCAAAGUUCGCGUUUACGAGGGAGCGGAGGUAACCCUCGAGAACGCAGUGCAGGACGCAACGGUGGUUCAGACAGAUAUGAGGAUAGAGGACCCCGAGGUUCUGAUAGGAGGGAUUACCCUGACCGCUAUGAACGUGGUGCUGGGGAUCGCUACGGUGACAGAUACCCACAAGGGGGUCGCAACGACCGUCCUCCCAUGGAUCGCGGCGGCUAUGAUCGCGGUGGCUACGACCGUGGUGGCUAUGAUCGCGGCGGUUACGAUCGCGGAGCCCCGCCGCGCGGAGGUCCAGAUCGCUAUGAACGAGGUGGGCCUGACCGCGGAGGCUACGGCGACCGCGGAGGCUACGGCGACCGUGGAGGUUACGACCGCGGAGGUUAUGACCGCGGAGGCCCUCCUGUGCGUGGAGGCGGCGGUUAUGACAGGCCCCCCAUGGGCGGCGGCCGCCCCAGGUCGAGGAGCCCAGUGCGGCCGAGGAGCCCACGACAGAGGUAGAGAGAAUGGCGAGUCUGCCACGAGGCUGACAGGACGCAGAUCUCCUCCUCGCCGCGGCGCAUCCCCUGUUCGGUAG